GGGGCAGCGGCCGGGCCGGGCAGUCGCGUUCCCGCCGCGUCCAGCGCCCGGUCCCUAUGGAGGCGCCGCUCGCCGGCGAGGCCGCCGACCAUGCCUAGGAGGGCCGGGAGCGGUCAGCUGCCGCUACCCCGGGGCUGGGAGGAGGCCAGGGACUACGACGGCAAGGUCUUCUACAUCGACCACAAUACCAGGAGGACCAGCUGGAUCGACCCCCGGGACAGGUUAACGAAGCCCUUGUCAUUUGCUGAUUGUGUUGGGGAUGAGCUGCCGUGGGGAUGGGAAGCAGGGUUUGACCCUCAGAUUGGUGUCUACUACAUCGAUCACAUCAACAAAACCACACAGAUAGAAGAUCCAAGGAAACAAUGGAGGGGGGAGCAGGAGAAAAUGCUCAAGGACUAUCUCUCAGUGGCCCAGGACGCACUCAGGACACAGAAGGAGCUGUACCACGUGAAGGAGCAAAGACUGGCAUUGGCCCUGGAUGAAUACGUGCGAUUAAAUGAUGCCUAUAAGGAAAAGUCAAGUUCUCGCACAAGCUUAUUCUCAGGAUCUUCAUCCAGUACUAAAUAUGAUCCUGAUAUUUUAAAAGCUGAGAUCUCCACUACACGAUUAAGGGUUAAAAAGCUGAAGAGAGAACUCUCACAGAUGAAGCAAGAACUGCUCUAUAAAGAACAAGGCUUCGAAACAUUGCAACAAAUUGAUAAAAAAAUGUCUGGAGGCCAGAGUGGGUAUGAACUUAGUGAAGCCAAAGCCAUUCUGACUGAACUGAAAUCCAUCAGAAAGGCUAUUAGCUCAGGAGAAAAAGAGAAACAAGAUCUGAUGCAGAGUCUUGCUAAGCUGCAGGAGCGGUUUCAUUUGGAUCAGAACAUUGGCAGAUCUGAGCCAGAUUUGAGAUCUAGUCCUGUGAACUCUCAUUUAUCUCUCUCCAGACAGACCCUUGAUGCUGGGUCGCAAACAAGCAUUUCUGGAGAUAUCGGAGUGAGAAGUAGAUCAAAUUUAGCUGAAAAGGUCAGGCUAAGCCUACAGUAUGAAGAAGCCAAAAGAAGUAUGGCCAACUUAAAAAUCGAACUGUCAAAAUUAGACAGCGAAGCCUGGCCUGGGGCGCUGGAUAUUGAGAAGGAGAAACUGAUGCUGAUUAACGAAAAAGAAGAACUUUUGAAAGAGCUUCAGUUCGUCACUCCGCAGAAACGCACUCAAGAUGAACUGGAGCACCUGGAGGCGGAAAGGCAGCGGCUGGAGGAGGAGCUGCUGUCCGUGAGGGGAGCGCCCAGCAGAGCUCUGGCCGAGAGAUUGAGAUUGGAAGAGAGAAGAAAAGAGUUGCUACAGAAACUUGAAGAAACUACUAAAUUAACUACUUAUUUGCAUUCACAACUUAAAAGCCUCUCUGCCAGCACCCUGUCCAUGUCGUCUGGGAGCAGCCUGGGUUCCUUGGCAUCCAGCCGGGGCUCUCUGAACACCUCGAGCAGAGGGUCGCUCAACUCCCUGAGUUCCAGUGAGCUCUACUACAGCAGUCAGGGUGAUCAGAUAGACGUGGAUUAUCAGUAUAAACUGGACUUCCUUCUGCAAGAGAAAGGUGGUUACAUUCCUUCUGGACCCAUCACCACCAUCCAUGAAAAUGAGGUGGUCAAGUCUCCCGGCCAGCCUGGCCAGAGUGGACUCUGUGGGGUGGCAGCUGCUGCAACAGGACACACUCCCCUGCUGACUGAGGCCCCCAAGUCUGUGACCUCCUUGUCCUCGAGGUCCUCCCUUUCCUCCUUGUCCCCCCCGGGCUCUCCAUUGGUUUUGGAAGGCACAUUUCCUAUGUCUUCUCAUGACACCUCUCUCCAUCAGUUCACUGCUGACUUUGAAGACUGUGAAUUGAGUAGCCAUUUUGCAGACAUUGGCCUUGGUGAAAAUCAGAUCUUGCUGGAUUCUGAUUCAGGAGGAGCCUCCCAGUCUCUCUUAGAGGACAAAGACCUCAGUGAGUGUGCUAGGGAGCCCUUCUACGAAGGAACUGCAGAUGUUGAAAAAUCGUUACCAAAAAGAAGAGUAAUCCACUUGCUUGGCGAGAAAACCACCUGUGUGUCAGCUGCUGUGUCAGACGAGUCUGUGGCUGGAGACAGCGGGGUCUAUGAAGCUUUCGUGAAACAGCCUAGUGAAAUCGAAGAUGUCACAUACAGUGAAGAAGAUGUGGCCAUUGUGGAGACUGCCCAGGUUCAGAUAGGACUCAGAUAUGAUGCAAAAAGUUCAAGUUUCAUGGUGAUUAUAGCACAACUCCGAAAUCUCCAUGCCUUCUUGAUACCUCAUACGUCAAAAGUAUAUUUUAGGGUUGCUGUACUUCCCUCCUCAACUGAUGUAAGCUGUCUAUUUCGAACAAAAGUCCAUCCACCCACAGAAUCCAUUUUAUUCAAUGAUGUGUUCAGAGUGGCCAUUUCGCAAACAGCCUUACAACAGAAGACACUGAGAGUAGAUCUUUGCUGUGUCAGUAAACACCGAAGGGAAGAAUGCCUGGCUGGAACUCAGAUCAGCCUGGCAGAUUUACCAUUUUCCAACGAGAUUUUCACUCUAUGGUACAACUUACUUCCUUCCAAGCAAAUCCCUUGCAAAAAGAAUGAAGAAGAAAAUGAGGAUUCUGUAUUUCAACCAGACCAGCCUCUAGUAGAUUCUAUAGACUUGGAUGCAGUGUCAGCCUUACUUGCAAGAACAUCAGCUGAGUUAUUGGCUGUGAAACAAAAAUUAGCACAAGAAGAAGAGGAGGACGAACCAGGGCAAGAAGAAGAGCAAAGGGGUCCAGAUGGAGAUUGGUUAACAAUGCUGAGAGAGGCCUCUGAUGAAAUUGUGGCUGAAAAAGAGGCUGAAGUAAAAUUGCCGGAGGGCGGUAGCUGUAUAGAAGACUUAAGUUCAUGUGCCAGUGUGCCUGAGAUGAACGAAGACAGGAGCAGGAAAGAAGACGACUGUGCCAAAGACCUCAGGAGUCAGCCGGCCACUGGAACACCAGCCUUGGUUGAUAAAGAAACAAAUACUGAUGAAGCAGUUAAUGACAACGUGGCAGUUCGCCCCAAAGACCGCAGCAGCCUAAGCUCCCGACAGCACCCCUUUGUGAGGAGCAGCGUGAUCGUGCGCUCACAGACCUUCUCCCCGGGAGAGCGGAACCAGUACAUCUGCAGGUUAAAUCGGAGUGACAGUGACAGUUCAACCCUGGCUAAAAAGUCACUGUUUGUGAGAAACUCCACUGAACGGCGCAGUUUGAGAGUCAAAAGGACUGUUUGCCAACCAGUCCUUAGAAGAACAGCACAAGAAUGCCCAGUGCGUACAUCUCUAGACUUAGAACUGGAUCUUCAGGCAUCUCUGACCAGGCAGAGUCGCCUCAAUGAUGAGCUGCAGGCCCUGAGGGGCUUGCGGCAAAAGCUGGAGGAACUGAAAGCUCAGGGAGAGACUGACCUUCCACCAGGUGUGCUGGAGGACGAGAGGUUCCAGAAGCUCCUGAAACAAGCUGAGAAGCAGGCCGAACAGUCAAAAGAAGAGCAGAAGCAGGGUCUGAGUGCGGAGAAGUUGAUGCGGCAAGCCUCCAAGGACGUGUGUCGGCUUCGGGAGCAGAGCCGGAAGGUGCCUCGGCAGGUGCAGUCCUUCAGGGAGAAGAUUGCCUACUUCACCAGAGCCAAGAUCAGCAUCCCAUCCCUGCCGGCUGACGACGUGUGAUCACCUGGCUUAGGAAAUUGUUUUUUCACCUGUUCACUUUCUUAGGACGAAAGACUGAACAUUUGUUUUUUUGUUUUGUUUGGGUUUUGGGGGUUUUUUUGUAACAUAACUGUCAACUCUUGAACUUUUAUUUCACGUCAGAUUUUCAACAUGUUAAUUUGUAAAGUACCUUGAAUGUAAUUCUUAUAUGCUUAAAAAAGAAAAAAAAAUCAGAUAACAAAAAUGGGAUAAUCUGGUACACAAAUGUACAGUAUGUGUCUGUUGCCAAGGGGCUUUAUUUUGUAAAAAUGGAAUAGAGGCAGUACCCGGUGUACAUCCUAUCGAGCUGACUGUUGAGAAACAACUGCGUUCAGCAGAAGGUGGUUUUUGCUUUUCCUUUGUUUUCUUGUGAGUAGACUGUGAAGAUGGCAACAGUGCCAUGUGAUGUUUUUGUGCUGGAGAGCAGCUCUUUUGGCGUGAAGUUACACAUGAGUAUAAGUUGAGGGCAGAGUUCCACAUCCUUCUCAAACAGGUGCUGUGUUCACUUCCAUCACUUAUGUUGGAACACUUUGUUUCCUUAAAACAAUUUCUUUUUUGUCCUUUUGUAUUUGUCUAAAGAAAACUAAAAUAUAAAAUACUGAGUGCAAGAAUAUCAGAAUACAAAGGAGCAAUACUCCUGGCUACACUUAAGAUCUUGCGAUUCAUGACCCUGAGGGUAAGGGAGAAGGAAGGGAAGAACACCACUUACCCUAAAAUACACUAACUUGAACUCAUCGGAUGAGCAGCUGGUUCAUCUGACUCAGCCUGAAUUUGCAAGUGUUCAGAUGGGCCUUUCUGGCUUGCACCAGUGCUGUGUCCCGGCAGUGAGGAUGGUGCUCAGUGGGGCCCCGAGUUCUGAGGGCAGACAGCAUGGGAGAUGUGGAGGGAGACGGGUCAGCACUCAUUUGGUGAGACUGAAGGCAGAGGAAAGGGUAUCUUGAUUGAAUUGAAGUUGCCAAAAAUUAAAAAAAAUAGUUUAUCAAACAGAUUUUUAACAUUUACUAGAAAUUACUUUGCAGCUCUCAUUUUUAGGGGUUCUAUCUAUAAUUUAUGGUAAAUAGUUGGGAGGCAAAGGGAAGAGUGUGCCUGGGGAGAUUAUUAAUUUAGAGUAUAGGCUCAAUCAUUUGUUUUAAAAAAACUGUUCUGGAUGUGCAAGUUUAGACAGAUAAGUUGACUAACUCGUCCUCCAGUUUAGGGUUUUACCUUACCCAACCCAGGCACUUCUCAAAAAAAAACAAACCUUCAGUGUAGCUCUGCCAGCAUAAACGGUUUUAAAAUAUAUAGUAUUGAGGCGAUUUAAAGCAUACUUAUUAUAUAGUCUGUUAUACUGGAAGAAGCAAUUUUUGGUUAGCCAUCACAUAGAGCAAACUAAAUCAAUUUUUUUUUUUUAGAAAUGCAAAACUGUCUUAAAGGAAUUGGCCCCUUAAAGAAAAAAAAAAAGUUUUAUUCCUAAGCUAGAAUCCUCACUAACAAGAAUUUUUAUUUUCUUGAAAGUAAUUAUACAUAGUCUGGAAAGUUCAUGUUAUCAGAAUGAAAGUUCAAAUUAAGCAAUUUCUGAGCCUAGAACUUUAAUUAUUUUUUCCUAAAUGCCCCACCACUUAUAUACAAAUUUCUUUGAAGACAUAACUGGACAUGACACUACUUUGAACAAAAACCAGCCUAGUGAAUGACCGAGUACAGUCCUUCAAGGCGGCCCAGGUCAUUCCAUUAGAUCUAAGGAAAAUGAGAAAAAGAAUACCAUUCAUCCUUAUCGAGGUCAAAUGUGAAAGAAGUUUAUUUAAUGUAGAGGUAAAUGAAGGUCAGCUGUUUUCAGCUUCUUAGUUUGACCAUGAAAAUGUUUAUAGAAUUAUGUGUAGUUGUACCGUACGAUUUUAUUUUCUUCAUUUAUUUAUUUACGGUCUUAUUUAUGUUCUGUUUAAUAUAUAGUUUGGUUCUGGCCAUUUUAAAUGUUUGGCAUAGAAGAGGCUAUAUUGGAAUAUUUACAGCUUUAUAAAUCUUCAUCAGAUUAGCUGUUAACUUUUUGUAAUACAAAAAGUUUCAGACAAGUAUUAAAGAAUAAAAUCUGUCUCAGGCUGGUAGUUAACAGUUGUGACCAAGAUGUUUUUGGUUUUAUUUUACAAAAUUUGUUCAUUUCUAACAUGAGAAAUGAACUUAUUUUAAAUAUUCCUUUUUCCACACUUUAAAAAUCAGCAAUAGUGUUAUGUAUUUAUAGGCAGCUUUUAAUAAUCUUGUCAUAUUUGUACUAACCCAAAUGAUUCACAGUGAUAAAACAUUUUAAUAACUUGAUCACAAAACCAUAUGGACAAAUAUGAAUUUUAAUAUUAUAAAUAUUAUUUUUAAAAAGUAGACUUUAUUCUGCACAGGGUGAAAAGAAUGUAAUAUUUAGUUCUCAAGUUUGACUUAUCAGUAUAUUAUUACAAUUUUGUAUAUCAGAAUCUUAAGUGUUACAGGUACAAAAAGAAUAUUGCUAGCCAAAUGAACAAAGUUUAGCUGAAUCUCUGUAGCAUGCAAAUCAAAUAAAUUUAAAAUCUUUUUUUUUUUUGCUAUUGCUUUCUCUAUAUUAUAUUAAAUAUCAAAAGCUCAGGACUGACCUAAAUAUUUAAUCCAGGUUAAAUUUUGACUAUGUUUCUGUUUUAAUUUUUCUUGUUUGUAAAAGUAUGCAAAUACAUCACAUAGAUUAACUUUGGUUUCUGCACUUUCCAUGUGUUUGUGGGUGGAAAAAAAUUCAGUGUUUUUUUUUUUUUUUCCUAAAACAAAGAUACAUAUUGCCUAAUACUUUA